AAUUAAUAAACUGUCUGCCUACCGUUACCAAGCACUUCUGUCUCAAUUGAACGCUAACCUUCCUAAAUAAAUGGAUCAUGUGGAAGGCACAAGAUAUGAAACAGACUACCAGAGCCCAGAGAUUUUUUCCUAAGUUGAAAGCUUGAAGAGAUUCUGGUCAGAUGGCGCUGCUGAAAGUCUAUAACCUUUCUGUUUUUUGGCUUCUAUGUAUGAUUUUGGUUGCGUCUAACUUCUGCAAUGGAGGAAUAACUAAUUCCUUUGUGAGGAAAGAGUAUUCUCUCGAUAUGCCCCUUGACAGUGAUGUUUUCCAAGUUCCUCCAGGUUAUAAUGCUCCUCAGCAGGUCCAUAUAACACAAGGGGAUACUGAUGGGAGAGGAGUGAUCAUCUCCUGGAUAACUCCCGAUGAACCUGGCUCGAAUACAGUUAUCUACUGGUCUGAAAAUAGCAAGCAUAAGAAUCGUGCUGAGGGAAUUUUUGUCAGAUAUAAGUUCUUCAAUUACACCUCAGGUUACAUUCAUCACUGCACCAUCAAGAAGUUGGAGUAUAACACCAAAUACAUAUAUGAGAUUGGAAUAGGAAAUACGACCAGACAAUUCCGGUUUAUGACUCCUCCAAGAGCUGGCCCUGAUGUUCCUUACACUUUUGGUCUGAUAGGGGAUCUUGGUCAAACACAUGAUUCAAAUGUUACACUCACCCGUUAUGAAUCAAAUCCAAAGAAGGGACAAACAGUCUUGUUUUUGGGGGAUCUGUCAUACUCAAAUGACUAUCCAUUCCAUGAUAAUUCUCGGUGGGAUACAUGGGGAAGAUUUAUAGAGAGGAAUGCUGCUUUUCAGCCUUGGAUUUGGACUGUAGGAAAUCAUGAACUUGAUUUUGCUCCUGAACUGGAAGAAACUACACCCUUUAAGCCAUAUACACAUCGAUAUUAUGUGCCGUAUGCAUCUUCAGAUAGUACAUCUCCUUUAUGGUAUUCGAUCAAGAGAGCUUCAGCUUAUAUCAUUGUUUUGUCUUCUUAUUCUGCAUAUGGAAAAUCCACUCCUCAAUACAAAUGGCUAAGAGAUGAGCUACCUAAAGUGGACAGAAGCGAGACACCAUGGCUGAUUGUUCUUAUGCAUUGCCCAAUUUAUAAUAGUAAUGCGCAUCAUUACAUGGAAGGAGAAACCAUGAGAGUGGUGUUUGAGUCAUGGUUUGUCAAGUACAAAGUAGAUGCUGUAUUUGCUGGUCAUGUUCAUUCCUAUGAGCGAUCUAAGCGUAUAUCCAACAUUGCAUACAAUAUUGUGAAUGGAAAGUGUACUCCUGUUAAUGACCAGUCUGCACCAGUCUACAUUACCAUUGGAGAUGGAGGAAAUCACGAUGGACCAGCGAUAGGCAUGGUGGAACCACAGCCAAACUUCUCAGCCUAUCGGGAGGCAAGUUUUGGUCAUGGUAUUUUCGAUAUCAAGAACAGGACACAUGCCUACUUCAGUUGGCACAGAAAUCAAGAUGGAUAUGCUAUCGAAGCUGAUUCUUUCUGGUUUCAUAACAGAUAUUGGAAUCCCUUCGGAAAAUCUUUUGUAGCUUCGUAUUAAUCCUCGGAAAAUCAGUGUGAACAGUAAGAUCUCAGCAAAAGUUUCGUCUUUUCUUGAGAAAAAGAAAAACCGAACAUAUUUUUUCUUUGUUUGUACCAGAAAAAAAAAAAGGGAACAUUUAUAUGCGAAAAAACUGCGGGUGCUGACAAAAGAAUUGACAACAAAAAGAUUAUUAUCGAUCAAGUAUGCAAUCCCAAACGUUUCUGACCAAACAUGGACUCUUCUUGUUUUUCAUCGUUUUUAUUGAAACGUAAUAAAUUCAAUAAUUAGUAAUUACUACCUUUGGUGGACUAUGUAACAUUUUCUAUUUUCCACGUCCCAGUUAGUCUUAGAAGCUGGUAGGCAAGAAUUGCACGUGACUGAUAUUUACAGAAACAUAAAUUAAAACAAAAAACAAACAAAAAAGGAGAGCCAUG